AUGAACGGAAAUGUUUCCGAAUGGUAUAACGAAUGCGACAAUGCCAUUAGAAGGUCAGAAAUAGUUCCUGGAACUUACGAAUAUACAACUGCUGUUUCUUAUGGAAACGUAGGUGAGUUUGGAGAAGGUUCUUCAACAACAGUAGAUAUUGCUUGCGACAGGUUUCAUAUUAUUUCUAUUGACAACUCAUUCUUAUACGUGGAACAAGACAUUGAAAUAAAACCUUCUGCCAAGUUGUCUGACAAGAAAGGUUGCAAUGGAAUUUUCUAUGUCGGAUACCAAUAUGCUCCAGAAGUUUUUAUGGGAUAUAAGAUAUAUUCUAACUCUGACUUAGUUCAAACAGUAACAUGGGCAAACUAUGAAUGGUUCGCUUUGAGAAACUCAGUACAACCACAAGCUAGAGAACAAACAGACCAGUAUGCAAAUAUUGAGAAAAUAAGAAGACUUGACCCUAACGUUCCAGGAGUUUAUGUUAACCUUUCUGGACAAACUGCAGCAGCAGUAACCAAAGUAAAACUGAAACUUAGAGUUCCUUUGUCAUCUUUCCUCAUCUUCAGGUUUUUAAGAUACUUGCCAAACUGGGCAGGAAAAAUUUCUAUUGAACUUACUCCAAGCAAAAAUAACUUA